AUGAGUAAUUAUGACAUUGUUAAUACUCCAAUGGUAACAAAUCACAAGUUGUCCAAGGAAAGAGAGGGAGAAGAAGUCAACUCUUUACAAUACAAAAGUUUGAUUGGAAGCCUAAGGUAUCUCACUAUAACAAGACCAGAUAUAGUGUAUGGGAUGAGCCUGCUAAGUCAUUACAUGGAGACACCAAGAGAGUCACAUUGGCGGGCGGCCAAGAGAAUUCUAAGGUAUGUUAAAGGAACCUUCAAUUUUGGACUACAUUAUACCUACGGUCAAAAUUUUGAGCUGGUUGGAUACUCAGAUAGUGACUGGGGCGAAGAUCCAUUUGAGGGGAAAAGUAUCACUGGGUAUGUAUUUUUUGGUACAUCAACAACCUUCUCUUGGUCAUCAAAGAAGCAAAAUAUUGUAGCUCUAUCUUCAGGUGAAGCAGAAUAUGUAGCAGUGGCAUCUACGAUGUGUGAAGCAAUUCGGCUUAAAAUUUACUCACUUCUCUGA